AUGGUCGAGGAGGAUCAGGGUGGUGACGAUCAGAUGGGCACUGGAAGUCCGCCCACUCCUGCAGUAGAAGACGCCCACGGCGGCCUGCUCAAGUUGGACGUCGGCGGCGGCGGUGAGGUGCUGCAGGCGGAGGGCUACCGACUCAGUGAAAAGAAGCUCGCCUCGGCGAACGCCACCCGCCGCUGCAGCAGCGAGGGCGCCUGGGAGCUGCAGGCCGACUACAGUCGCUGUGGGCUCGAGUCGCGCCGACUGUUUGCCCUCUCCCCCGACCUGCUGCUGAAGAUCUACGAGAUGCGGGAGAAGAUGAUCACCAGCAAGUACACGUACUACCGCGAGGCGGACACCUUCUUCGUGGAGUGCGUCGAUCGGGUGCUGUCGCAGCCGCCCAGUCAGCUACCGCGCCCCUUCUGCGACCGCACCUUUGACGGCUGGACCUGCUUCAAUGACACGCCCGCCGGCGAUGUGGUCCACUUUCAGUGUCCCUACUUUGUCUACGGCUUCAAUCAUCAUAACCAAGCCCACAAGACCUGCACCGCCGAUGGGACGUGGAAGGUGCACAGCCAGACGCUGGUCUCCUGGACCAACUACUCCUCCUGCGUGGACAUGCACGACUUUAAGUUUCGCAAGCUGGUCAUCAACUUUCACAUUGCCGGCUACUCGAUCUCGCUGCUGGCGCUGCUCAUCUCGCUGAGCAUCUUCAUUAGCUUCAAGUCACUCUCCUCACAAACGCGCAUUCGCAUUCACAAGAACUUCUUUGUCAGCUUCAUCAUCAACAACUUUAUGUGGAUCAUCUGGUACUUCGCCAUCACCGACCAGACGAUGCUCUCCGAGAACGGCCUCUACUGUCAGUGUCUGCACGUCGCCCUGCACUACUUUCUCCUCUGCAACUACUUUUGGAUGUUCUGCGAGGGCCUCUACCUGCACACCAUCCUCGUGGUGGCCUUCGUCUCCGAGGAGAAGAUCCUCAAGUGGUUCUACCUCAUCGGCUGGGGCAUACCGGCGGUCUUCGUCGCCGCCUACGCCCUCCUCCGGGGCAACUCGCCCGACACUGCCAACUGCUGGAUCGACGAGAGCAAGUACACCUGGAUACUGAAUGUGCCCGUGGUCAUGUCCUUUGUGCUGAACAUCUUCUUUCUCAUCAACAUUGUCCGGGUGCUGAUAACGAAGCUGCAGGCGGUCAACACUGCCGACACUCACCAGACGAGGAAAGCCGUCCGCGCCACGCUGAUACUCAUUCCCCUGCUGGGGCUGCACUUCAUUCUCACGCCCUUUCGCCCGGAAACGAACGGCAUGACGGCGCAGGUGUACGAGAUCUUCUCCGCUCUCGUCUCCUCCUUACAGGGAUUCGCAGUGGCAAUGCUCUUCUGCUUCUUCAACGGCGAG